AUGCGCUACCGAAGUGUCUGGUUCCGAGUACAAUGGAAGGGCUAUGACCUGUCUCAUGACCAGUGGGUCAAGCACUCAGAUGUGUUUGCGGACGACGCGGUGGCAGCAUUUUACUGCAGAUACCCUGGGAAGCCACACGUCAUCGCAACGGCUGUAUUCCACUCGCUGCCCUUCAGGGACUCGUCGACCCCCAACCAUGCCUUGCAUCGAGGCGCCGCAAUCAAGAGGGGGGGUGAUCUCAGGGGAACCCCUGCUUUUGUCUGA